CGGCACGUCGGCAUCGGGCGAGCGCACGCACAGCGUCGGCGUCCGCGUAGUGCCGGGCGCGACGACGCGAGCACUGACGGAAGCAUCGGCCGGGCCGAACGCCGCACCUCCUGCUCCUAUAAUGCAUUCCAGCUGCUCCAGUGACAACACUCGAGAGGAGAGUACGGUGCUACACUGAGAGGAGAAGCAGCGGAGGGAGGCGGCGUUCCUUGCGAUCUUUCGCAUCUGGUCUAUUAGUUUCUUUAUGAGUAAGGCUUAAAAUAAAGGGGACCUGACUGAAGCGACGGUGCAACAAAGAUUGGAUACAUGGGUUCCCUCACAAGUUUUUGGAUGAUGAACUUGUGCGGGAACCCAAUUUGCUCCAAGCAAGCUGUAGUCUCAUGCUCACUGAAGGAAAUAUUCAACUCUUCCACUUGCAUGAAUCAUCUGCUGGUGGUUGGCAUUGCCGCACUGCUCAUCAUCGUAUUUGCACUCCAAUUGCUAGUCAGAAUUCCAAAGAGGGGAGCAUCCACACGACAGCUUGUCAUACUCAAUUCACCUCUACAUUUGGCUGCUGUAGUGUUCGAUGGCUGCUUGGGUCUGGUUUAUCUUGGCCUUGGAUUGUGGAUGCUCGGGAGUAGCUUCAAUCAUGAUGCUUUUGUUUACCUACCACAUUGGUGGUUAGUAACCUUAUCUCAAGGAUUCAGUUUGAUCCUUAUCAGCUUCGCUUUCAGCAUCAGAGCACGUUUACUUGGAGUGGCAUUUGUCCGAUUUUGGUCGGUUCUAUUGACCAUAUAUGGCGCAUACAUAUGUUGCUCCGCAGUUGUUUACAUGCUCACAGAUAAGGUGAUCACCAUGAAGGCUUCUUUAGAUGUUCUAUUCCUACCAGGCGUACUACUACUCCUUGUUUAUGGAAUAUGGCACAUUAAGGAUGAUGGUUAUGAAGGAAUCGAAAAUGCUUUAUAUAAUCUCCUCAACAACGAGACUGUUGAGGGUACGACUGAUUCUAAGAGUCAUGUAACCCCUUUUGCUCAAGCUGGGUUUUUCAGCGUGAUGUCAUUUUGGUGGCUGAACCCUCUGAUGAAGAUGGGUUAUGAGAAGCCCCUUGAGGAGAAAGACAUGCCACUUUUAGGUGCCACAGAUCGAACAUAUCACCAGUACUUGAUGUUCUUGGAGAAGCUGAACAGCAAGAAGCAGUUACAGCCACAUGGCACUCCGUCAGUCUUUUGGACUAUCGUUUCUUGUCACAAGAGUGAGAUCAUGGUCUCAGGUUUCUUUGCAUUGCUCAAGGUGCUCACGUUAUCUUCAGGUCCGGUGCUUCUGAAGGCAUUCAUCAAUGUUUCGCUUGGGAAAGGGGCCUUUAAAUAUGAAGGCUAUUUGUUGGCUGCAGCAAUGUUCUUUUGCAAAUGUUGUGAAUCUUUGUCGCAGAGGCAGUGGUAUCUCCGCACUCGAAGGUUAGGACUCCAGGUGAGGUCAUUUCUAUCAGCUGCUGUCUAUAAGAAACAACAGAAGCUAUCAAACUCAGCAAAAAUAAAGCAUUCUUCUGGACAGAUCAUGAACUAUGUCACUGUAGACGCCUACAGGAUUGGGGAAUUCCCAUACUGGUUCCAUCAAACAUGGACGACAAGUGUCCAGCUUUGCAUUGCUCUGGCAAUUCUAUAUAGUGCAGUUGGACUUGCUAUGAUUGCAUCACUGUUUGUCAUCAUUAUCACUGUACUUUGCAAUGCUCCACUGGCCAAACUGCAACACAAAUUUCAGAGUAAACUUAUGGAAGCACAAGAUGUGAGACUGAAGGCCAUGUCCGAGUCCUUAAUUCAUAUGAAGGUCUUAAAGCUUUAUGCAUGGGAAACUCAUUUCAAGAAGGUCAUCGAGGGGUUAAGGGAGAUAGAAUACAAGUGGUUGUUAGCAUUCCAGCUUAGGAGAGCAUACAACAGUUUCCUGUUUUGGUCAUCACCUGUUUUGGUUUCGGCUGCAACCUUCCUGGCAUGCUAUCUUUUGAAAACUCCUCUUGAUGCUAGCAACGUCUUUACCUUUGUGGCAACUCUGCGCCUUGUUCAAACUCCAAUUAGGCAGAUACCAGAUGUAAUUGGAGUUGUGAUACAAGCUAAAGUUGCUUUCACUAGGAUAGCAAAGUUUCUUGAUGCGCCUGAGCUUAACGAACAAGUUAGGAAGAAAUACCAUGUGGGAACUGAGUAUCCAAUAGUGAUAAACUCCUGCAGUUUCUCAUGGGAUGAGAACACAUCAAAACCAGUUCUAAAGAAUAUAAAUUUGGUGAUCAGAACAGGAGAGAAGGUUGCAAUCUGUGGCGAGGUAGGAUCGGGAAAGUCAACACUUUUGGCUGCAGUACUUGGAGAGCUCUUGAAAACUGAAGGCACGAUCCAAGUUUGUGGGAAGAUAGCAUAUGUUUCUCAGAAUGCAUGGAUCCAAACAGGAACUGUUCAAGCUAAUAUUCUCUUUGGAUCUUCGAUGGACAAGCAAAGAUACCAAGAAACACUUGUGAAAUGCUCUUUGGUCAAGGACCUUGAAAUGUUGCCAUAUGGAGACCAUACUCAAAUUGGGGAGAGAGGGGUAAAUCUUAGUGGUGGUCAGAAGCAGCGUGUUCAGCUUGCUCGUGCAUUAUACCAAAAUGCAGACAUCUAUCUUCUUGAUGACCCUUUCAGUGCUGUUGAUGCCCACACAGCAACAAGUCUCUUCAAUGAAUAUGUCAUGGAAGCUCUAUCAGACAAGACUGUUCUUUUGGUGACCCACCAAGUGGACUUUCUACCCGUAUUUGAUUGCAUUCUGUUAAUGUCCGAUGGGGAGAUUAUUCGAUCUGCACCUUAUCAAGAUCUAUUGGCAUAUUGUGAAGAAUUUCAGAGCCUUGUAAGUGCCCAUAAAGAUACUAUUGGUAUUUCAGAUCUUAACAACGUGCCACCCCACAGAGCAAAGGAAAUAUCGACCAAGGAGAGAGAUGAUAUUCAUGGAAGCAGAUAUAGAGAACCUGUGAAGCCAUCACCAGCUGACCAACUGAUCAAGCGAGAGGAAAGAGAAAUGGGGGAUACAGGACUCAAGCCUUAUAUGCUCUACCUGUGCCAGAAAAAGGGCUUCUUGUACGCCUUUCUUUGUGUUAUUUCCCACAUAAUUUUCAUAUCCGCGCAAAUAUCGCAGAAUUCAUGGAUGGCUGCUAAUGUCCAGAAUCCUAGUGUUAGCAUACUGAAGUUGAUUUCUGUGUACAUCGCUAUUGGAGUUUGCUCAGUGUUCUUUAUACUAUCUAGAUCUUUAUCAGCCGUUGUUCUUGGUAUCCAGACAUCAAGAUCCUUAUUUUCCCAAUUACUAAACUCGUUGUUCCGUGCACCAAUGUCCUUUUUUGAUUCUACUCCUCUAGGAAGGGUACUUAGCCGGGUUUCUUCAGAUUUGAGUAUUGUUGACCUUGAUGUUCCAUUCGCCGUCAUGUUUAGCAUUAGUGCCAGCUUAAAUGCUUAUAGCAAUCUGGGGGUAUUAGCUGUUGUUACAUGGCAAGUUCUGUUUGUCUCGGUGCCAAUGAUAGUUCUCGCAAUCAGGUUGCAGCAACGAACGAGAGGAGUUGUAGGGCAAGCACCGCAAGGCACAACGUGGCCUGGUCGUGCAAUUUAUAUUGCUAUGGCAAGGUGCUGUGCUGUGUACAGGGGCAGCCAACGAUAUUCGGUUGAGAUACAACAAACCGAGAUUGAGUACAAUCAGGUGGUUAGCAAACUUAAACAAGAAUAUAUAUCUCUAGCUAUCUGUACACGAGAGAGGUACUAUCUAGCCUCGGCCAAGGAGUUGAUGCGGAUCAAUGGCACUACAAAAUCUGCUCUGGCUAAUCACUUAGGUGAAUCGAUUACGGGGGCUAUGACAAUAAGGGCCUUCAAUGAAGAAGAUCGUUUCUUUGCUAAAAAUUCGGAGCUUGUUGACAAGAAUGCCGGUCCAUACUUUUAUAAUUUUGCAGCAACUGAAUGGCUGAUUCUACGCUUGGAGACAAUGAUUGCUGCGGUUCUUUCAUUUUCCGCCUUUGUCAUGGCUCUUCUUCCUACUGGAACUUUGAGCCCUGGUUUUGUAGGAAUGGCAUUGUCCUAUGGUCUAUCCCUAAAUGUGUCCUUUGUUUCCUCUAUUGAAAAACAAUGCAACCUUGCAAAUCAAAUUAUCUCCGUGGAAAGGGUGAAUCAGUACAUGGACAUACAAAGUGAAGCAGAAGUUAUUGAAGAAAACCGACCAGCACCAGACUGGCCCCAAGUUGGCAGGGUGGAGCUCAGAGAUUUGAAGAUUAGGUAUAGGCAAGAUUCUCCCCUUGUACUACAUGGAAUCACUUGUACGUUUGAAGGUGGUGAUAGGAUUGGUAUAGUUGGUCGGACAGGAAGUGGGAAGACAACGUUAAUUGGUGCAUUGUUUCGUCUUGUGGAGCCAGCUGGAGGGAAAAUAAUUAUAGACUCUGUAGACAUCACCACAAUAGGCUUACAUGACCUGCGUUCACGCUUGGGUAUCAUUCCACAAGAUCCGACACUCUUUCAGGGUACCAUAAGAUAUAAUCUAGACCCUCUUGGGCAAUUCUCAGAUCAACAAAUAUGGGAGGUUCUUGACAAAUGUCAGCUUCUUGAAGCUGUGCAGGAGAAGGAACAGGGAUUGGAUUCACUUGUUGUGGAAGACGGUUCGAACUGGAGCAUGGGCCAAAGGCAGCUCUUCUGUUUGGGUCGCGCACUUUUAAGAAGAAGUCGUGUCUUAGUUCUCGAUGAGGCCACUGCAUCUAUUGACAACGCAACUGAUGCUAUCCUUCAGAAAACGAUCAGGACAGAAUUCGAAGAUUGUACUGUUAUCACUGUCGCACACCGUAUACCAACGGUUAUGGACUGCACUAUGGUGCUUGCAAUGAGUGACGGAAAAGUGGUGGAGUAUGAUAGCCCUAUGAAGCUCAUGGAAACUGAAGGAUCUCUCUUCUGCGAGCUCGUCAAAGAGUACUGGUCAUACACAUCAAGCGGAAAUAUUUAGGAUAAACUGUUUAUUAUGUAUGUUUUCGCUGCAAUCUUUUAAAACGGAUAUACAGAAACUUUAGCUCAUGUAUCAUAGGACAUCGUCUACUUGGAGUCUGAAGAAUAGGCACCACGCGUUGUUGGGAAAUGCUUUUGUUAUCUAGUUUCUACCUGAAAUUUUGAGCACGGACAGCUUCUGUUCACCCGUCCUUGCUGCCUUCAAGUGGUAAUCAGAGUAAAACCGUGAGCAUUUUCUUGCUCCAAUAGUGGGUAAUGAUCUGUAAAAUGAAAAAUGGGAGGCAGUUCCAAUC